CUAUGAGCCAUCUUAACGGGCAGAAAAUGUAUGGCAAGAUUAUUCGUGUUACUCUUUCCAAGCAUCAAACAGUUCAGCUACCUCGAGAAGGUCUCGAUGACCAAGGAUUAACAAAAGAUUUUGGCAAUUCACCUCUUCACCGUUUCAAGAAGCCUGGUUCAAAAAACUUUCAAAAUAUUUUUCCUCCCUCUGCAACUCUUCAUUUAUCUAAUAUUCCACCAUCAGUAUCAGAAGAUGACCUGCGCAUGUUGUUUGCUAAUACUGGAGGCACUGUGAAAGCAUUUAAAUUUUUUCA